UUCCUCCUCUGUCUCAGUUCAGCUCAGUGGAUCGUUCCUCGGUAUCAUCGCUUACUAAAGGCGGGGCACAGUGUCGACCCGCAGCGCCCCGCAGCGCCCGCAGGUAACGGCCCCGCCCACCUGUGCGGGGCUCACUCCCGCCAUCGUGCAGACGGAAACACGUGUCUGUCGCGGGUCUCGAACAGUGAGCGUCACCAUCCUCUUGGCUGUAGAACUUGUUAAGAGUUUCUACGGCCUGUGGUUGUUGUUAGCAGCGGUGCUAACCUCCUAGCAUCCGGCUCUGUGUCCCCCCCCCCACAGGUGGAGCCGCUGAUUGAAGGCGCGUCAUUUCCGGUCGACGUUCCCCGUCAGAUUCAAACUGUCCGGUAACUCGGGUGGUUUUUCUCAGUUUACACCUGGAACCACGUCACGUUCGUGUUUAAGAGGUGGAGGCUUAGUUUAAGUCGCAGCUUAACUUCAUUACAUGAUGCAUUCACGUGCAUCUGAGACUCUUCUUAAUCUAAAACUGGUUUUAAACUGGUUUUAAGCUGGAUUCUGACUUUUCCCGACGGACGCGAAGGCAGCGGUCGCCAUAGAAACGAGACGCCAAACAUUAGAAGAACCCGGAACAGAAUGCCUCUGCUGGUGUCGGAUCACUCCUGGACUCAGACCGACUCCACUGUUCACAUACACGUUCCUCUGAGAGGAGCCACAGCUGAGAGAGUGGACAUCGUCUCCACAGACCAGUACAUCAAGGUGCAUUUCCCCCCAUAUCUGUUUGAAGCCUUCCUGCUGGAGCCUGUCGACGAUGACAGGAGCACAGCAAAGGUGGGAAACGGAGUCGCAAUCCUCAAUUUGACGAAGAGAGACAAGAAGGUUUGGAAUCACCUGAUGAUCGACACAGAGGAUAAAGCCAAAAAGAAGGAGAUCAGAGAACAAGCUCUGUUGAAAUACCAGGAGAAGCUUUCAGCAGAGUCCAGAUCCCAGAAGGAGAAGAAGCUCGCAGAGAAGAAAUAUGCACUGGAGACGAUGAUGAGGCUCGACAAGGAGGAAAGAGACAGCGUCCAGAAAACGAAGGACGCUGAGCGAGCGAGAACCACGGCAGAGCUGGAAGCAUGGCAGCGGACACAGAAACAACGAGCAGAGGAAGAAGCUGAACUCCGACGUCAGAGAGACGAUCAGAACAACCUGAAAGCGUUGACCGAGAAGACAGGAGCUGAAGGAAAUGUUCAACCCGGUCGGAGUGGCGGAGAAGUGAAGCGYCAGAAGAAACGAGCGGACCUUCCCGCUCCGAGAUGCACGGGAAACAUUCAAGUCACGUUCACCCCGCGAGUUUUUCCAACAGCCCUCAGAGAGUCAAGAGUUGAAGAGGAGGAAGAGUGGCUCAGGAAACAAGCUGAAGCCAGACGUGCAGUGAAUGCAGAUGUUGAAGAGCUUAAAGACCUGAAGGAGGAGGACAGGAACCCCGACUGCUUAAAGGACAAGGGAGAUAAAUAUUUUGCGGCCGGGGACUUCCUGAGUGCAGUCAACGUCUACAACCUGGCCAUCAAGCUCAACAGGCAGAUGCCGGCUCUGUUUUCCAACCGAGCCGCGUGUCAUCUGAAGUUAAGGAAUCUACACAAGGCCAUCGAGGAUUCCUCCCAGGCUCUCGAUCUGUUGACUCCACCGGUCACUGCCAAC